AGAAUACUGUUGCCUCUCUACUGCGGCUGCGCAUAAAGGAAUACGACCCUCAAACCCGGAUGUAACCAACGCCUAACCUGUGAGAGGAAAAACGGUGAGUAGAAAUAUGUAAAAAUAAGUCUCAAAUUACUUUUUGUGGUUUAUUACACUACGGGACACAUGCGGUAAAGUCUUUUCGAUCAUUUAAAGGUCAAAUGAAGAGUAUACGUAGCGUUUUUAAAGUAAAGAAUUAAAGUUUCUCUGCCACAGGGUUUAAUCCAGUGUCGCUACCAUCAGUGCGGUUGGUAAAGUUUCGUUAUUUUAACUAUCCGUGCGUUUAUGUGAGUUUUUAUGACAAACUGAGCUGUUGCUAAAUUAGAGGAAAGGAUCUUAUUGUUAGCAGACACGGUAAAGUUUGUAUUUCUAACUAAAUCCUAGCCAGCACGAUCACUAAGUCCAUUUUGGACUGUUUUAGCUGUAGGUAUUCGUUUAAAUGGAAGUGGCACCCCCUACUUUUCAUGUGUUUGAUUAAAGUUACGGUCGUUUUUUAGCUCACGGUGAAUCAGAUGAGCGGUUAAUUUAGGGGAAGUGUUUGUCUGUAUCCUCCUCUAAAUCACACUUGGCUAACAGGCCGUGGAUUUCUGUGGUAUGUAGCUUAUGCGGAAGUGACUCACUGUCAUCAAUAAUCUUAUGAAUGCACAUGUAAUAGCAAGCAUAAUGAUACUUAAAGGAGUUUUUUCCCCUUCUGGUUUGUUUAACUUUCAACAACUUAGUCAGGGAAACCUCUGUGUACAUUUAUCCACUCUUAAACAUUUAACAACAGAAACACUGUUUUGCUUUAUUAGUCGUAAUACACUUAAUCUUUAACACUUUCAUGAGAGCUGGUCGGCCUUUGUAGUGCAUUAGUAUGUGAUACAACACCAAUACAGUCUGAUUGCACCUUUUAAAUGACAAGAAACACAAUUGAAAAGAUUUACAACAUUAUUAAUGACCAAAAAAACGUGCAUUUCACCUUAAAAUCUACAUUGACAGGUAUUUCUCGUUUUAUUUUUAUGAUUAAAAACCUGAGUGUCGCACAUUUCUAUCACAGUAUAAUUUACUUCAAGGUUGUUGUGUAAGACUUGAUCACUUUUAGCUUAUCUCAUUCUUGUUUCUUAAACAUUUGAGUUGUUUAAUCCAAAAAAAUCUGUCAGAAGAGUUAUGUUAGAGAUUAGAAGACUUAAAGCUUCCUGAAGAGUUGUAUUGAUUAGAAAAAGAUUAGUAACCCUUUCAUAGACAUUGUAAUCUUGCAGCAGAUCUCGAUAAUUCAAGGUUUUAGUUUGUAUUUUGUUAGUUAUAGUUGAGUGAGUAUAUUUACUGUAUGUGCUACUUUGUAAAUGAUUGUCCAGAAGGCAAAUCUUUUUAAAGACGUGAGUGUUUUUGAUAAACAAAGUAUAGAUGUACAAUUGUUCAGAGACAGUCAAUAAAAACUGUAGCUACUACAGUACUUUUGAAGAAUUUAAUUUUUAAUAAGGUGUCUGGUUUAUGUUUCCUAGUUUAGUUUAGUUUAUUUGUUUAUUCGAACAGGUUAAAAGAAAAACAAAAUAAAUUCAAUGUGCAUUGGCAGAAAAAAUUAAAGAGACAGCUCUGUAGCAACAUAGACAAUCAUACUUUGUUCGAAAGGGUGUAGGAUUAAGUUGAUAAAACUCAUCUAGUCCUACCCCUUUAUUGUUGUGUUACUGUAAUUUAAUCAGUCAGAGCAUGUGUAGGAAUAACAGCACAGAAGAAAGAAAAUAUAUCAGAAAUAGGGCAUGUUACCCAUUGUUAUAAAUUCAUAGGCAAAAUCUGCUUUAGCUUAUAUAAGAGUUGCUCUGGUUACUUUCUCGAUCAGAAUCUAGGAAUAAGGUUUGUGAAUUCAACAAAUAAUUUUGUGAUGUUUCCCUUUUUCUCUUCACCCUGCAGAUGCAGACUAUAAAAUGUGUGGUGGUAGGAGAUGGAGCAGUGGGAAAGACCUGCUUGCUCAUCUCUUAUACAACCAACAAGUUCCCCUCAGAAUAUGUGCCAACGGUAAGAGGAUUUCAUAUCAAGAUGUUUCAAAGUUCUGUAACACAUUAAUAGUCUUUUUGUUUUAUUUCAUCAUAGCUGAAGAACAGUGAAAUUGAAACAUAAAUACUUUUUGUCAUCUCAUUUGACUUUUUUCUUUGUGCAUGCUCAUAGGUUUUUGACAAUUAUGCAGUAACAGUGAUGAUUGGGGGAGAGCCCUACACACUCGGCCUGUUUGACACAGCAGGUGAUGAGAAUUUCUCUUGAAAGACUCUGAUUUGUCUUUUUUUCUCUGUUACUUAUUGACAUAUUGGAAAAAAUAAUUUUGCAUUUCUCUUUUAAUUGUCGUUCUUAGGUCAGGAGGAUUAUGACAGGCUGCGUCCUCUCAGCUAUCCACAGACAGACGUGUUCCUCGUAUGUUUCUCUGUUGUCUCUCCCUCAUCAUUUGAAAACGUCAAAGAGAAGGUCAGUUUAAAAACUGUUUUUUUAACUAAUAGGAAAACAUGAUUUGGGCUUUUGUAAUGUAAUAAAGCCAGAGCACUGGUUUGCAGAAUGAGUCUGACAGAUAUUUAGGGUUCGGAUCAGUUUUUCUUAUUGUUAUUCAUGAUGAAUGUUAUUUUCGCAAUCAUUUAGUUAUUUUUAGCAUAAAUACUGGAAAAUGUCUUAUUGUAAAUUUAAUCAGGUAAUGCCAGGUUAAAGAUUUAAGUCUCCAAGAUAAAGACUUUUUGUGGACAGUUUUACAUACACUUAAUUGGUACCAAAAAUAUGUUCGGUAACCAACCCCAAAAAAAUGACAGUGGAGAAAGAAAAUUGGAAUUUUAUACUUUGCCCAUUUUCUCCAGUGGGUUCCUGAGAUUACACACCACUGCCCACGCACACCAUUCCUGUUAGUGGGCACACAGAUGGACCUGAGAGAGGACUGCAACACAAUUGAUAAACUGGCAAAGAACAAACAGCGCCCCCUAGCCCCUGAUAGCGGGGAGAAGCUGGCCCGAGAGCUCAAAGGUGUCAAAUAUGUGGAGUGCUCUGCCCUGACACAGGUAUUUUGAAUGUCAUUACUGCAUAUUUAAUAUCAGUAUUAUAAGGGACUUCUUAAAAUAAGGCAUUAGAAAAAUACAGAUGUCGUGAUUUUGACCUGCAUCUCAUUUUCUGGACUUUUCAACCAGCGAGGGCUUAAGAACGUGUUUGAUGAGGCCAUUCUGGCUGCCUUGGAGCCCCCUGAGACCAAAACCAAGAAGAGGUGUGUGCUGCUAUAAAUGAACGACUGCAGAGUGAGAUGUAACAGUGUAAGAAAUAAGACUGUGCAAAUCACAACAUCAGAGAGAUUGAUGGCCACUAUGGAAAAAAGGAAGAAACAAAAGGGGACAGGAGGUACAAUAGCAUUGAGACUUAUUCCAGUACACUUGUACACUGACUGUGCCUUCAUAAUAAACCUUAAAGGAGGCUUAGGGAGCAAAACUUCAGUAUACUGUAAAUGCAGUGUCACCCAUCUCCCUUUCUGAAAGCUUUUUAAAUUGCAGUGUUUUCUUCACAGAAACUCUGGUGGGGCGGGCCCCCCUCUGCCUGUCACUGUAGUUUGAUUUUUUUUUAAAGAGUUUAUCUAGUUGCCUUCGCCUCUUCUGUAUUUUUCUUAUUCUUGCAUAUUGGGCCCGCAUGGAAAAAUAAUGAGUAACAUCUUAACAUUAAGUUUGUGUGUGUGGUUUGUAAAGGGGCAGCUUAAUGCUAAGUGUUACUCUAUUUGUAUGGGUUGAGUAAUGGAAGCACAAGAUAGUUAUCAUCACUCCAAAAUAAAAUUAGAUUUCUAUAAUGGUCACCUUUUCCAAAUUCCAGAGACUUCUGAGGAGGCCAAGUGUUUUUGUUUUUUUUAAUCUUGCCAAACUUCCUUUUUCAGGUUACUCCUGAUAUCUGUUUUUUUGUGUGUAUUAUUUUAAUUCUGUGACUUUGUUUGGGGGAAAAUUUAAGCAGUUCUUCUCUUUGAAACUUGAGUUUUUAUUUUUGUCAAGAUAGAUUUUAUUAUUGCUAGACCACCAACUUUGGAUAAUAUAACAAAUGGAGUUGUAAUAUUUUGAAUAUGUCUGAAUCUGAAUAGAGAUUAAGGUAAUAAACUUUGCUAGUCAAUUAAUGGGUGUUUGUAAUCAAAGGAUAUUUUUAAUAAAACGGUUGAAUUAAAUUGGCAGUUGAUUUUUA